UAAAAUCGAAUACUGUCCUCCAAACUAUCAAUUCACAUUUCAUUGGCUCAUUUCAGUGACUGACAAGGGGGCACUGCCCUUUUCAGGGGGAAGGGCUCUUCUCGAGCUGAUUUGUUGGCUGUGUUGUCAUUCUUAGUGUUAUCCACCAAUGGAGAGAUGAUCCAAGUUUCAUAUCCCAUCCAUAGGGGCGGGUCUUGCGAUCAGAGACUGGAGAAAUGUUCGAAAGUUGAAAGCAAUGAGGCUGGUGGAAAGUGGUCUUUAACCAACUCGAGAAAACCAAAUGGAAAAUCCUGUUCCAGGGGAAAGAGGAGCUACGCCACACGUCACCCACGGAUCUCUGAAAUCGCACAGCAAGGACCGUCUUCGUGGGAGCCGUGGGGUCCCGCACUAAGCUACCGGGGGAGCAGGAGGAGGGAGCCAAUCCGCUCCUCUGCUCUCGUGCCGCAGCCGUGAUCAGGACCGCCCGUGGAAGAGGAAGGAACAGACACAGGGAUCUCAUAAUUCAUAAUGCGGCCGAUGUGAACGGCGGUGGGAACAAUAAGAACCCGGGCCCUAGUGUGGAGUGUGUCGGUGCGUCCGCAGCGCGCGCCCACAGUGCUCACGGUCGCCGUGCCUCUUUCACUGCUCUACACUGUCACUUCCUUCGGCGAGCCCGAGAGCGACCAGAGAAAUGACGUCUCCGGCCAAAUUCCGGAAAGACAAGGAAAUAAUAGCCGAAUAUGAAACUCAAGUCAAGGAGAUCCGUGCCCAGCUGGUGGAGCAGCUCAAGUGCCUGGACCAGCAGUGUGAGCUCCGGGUCCAGCUGCUCCAAGACCUCCAGGACUUCUUCCGCAAGAAGGCUGAGAUUGAAAUGGACUACUCACGCAACCUGGAGAAGCUGGCAGAGCGCUUUCUGGCCAAGACCCGCAGCACCAAGGACCAUCAAUUAAAGAAGGAGCAGAACGUGCUGUCCCCGGUGACCUGCUGGAAUCUGCUGCUGAGCCAAGUGAAGAGGGAGAGCCGUGACCACGCCACGCUCAGCGACCUCUACCUCAACAACAUCAUCCCACGCUUUGUGCAGGUCAGCGAGGACUCUGGCCGCCUUUUCAAAAAGAGCAAAGAGGUUGGCGUCCAGCUCCAGGAAGAUUUGAUCAAGGUCCUCAAUGAGCUAUACUCAGUGAUGAAGACCUAUCACAUGUACAACACUGACAGCAUCAAUGCAGAGAGCAAGCUGAAGGAGGCUGAGAAGCAGGAGGAGAAGCAGAUGGGGCGCUCCGUCAAGCAGGAGGAGAAGCAGACACCACGCUCCCCCGAUUCCCUCGCCAGUGUCAAGACUGAAGAGAAGCAUGUACGCCGCAGUUCUGUCAAGAAGAUUGAGAAGAUGAAGGAGAAGCGUCAAGCCAAAUACACUGAAAACAAGCUGAAAGCCAUCAAGGCCAGGAAUGAGUACCUCCUGGCAUUGGAAGCCACCAACUGCUGUGUCUUCAAGUACUAUAUCCAUGAUCUCUCUGACCUCAUUGAUUGCUGUGACCUGGGCUACCAUGCCAGCCUCAACCGAGCCCUCCGCACCUACCUCUCAGCAGAGUUCAACGUGGAGACAUCCAAGCACGGUGGACUGGAGGCCAUUGAGAAUGCGGCAGAGAAUCUGGAUGCCACUGCUGACAAACAGCGCCUCAUGGAGAACUACAACCAUGUUUUCUGCCCCCCCAUGCGCUUUGACUUCCAGUCCCACAUGGGAGAUAUGGUGGGAUACAUGUGUGCCCAGCAGCCUUUGCAAGGUGAUCUUCUCCAAAGGUGCCAACAGCUGCAGUCCCGCCUCUCUACCCUCAGGAUAGAAAAUGAAGAGGUCAAGAAGACCAUGGAGGCCACACUGCAGACCAUCCAGGACAUGGUGACCAUUGAGGACUAUGAUGUGACAGACUGCUUUCACCACAGCAACUCCAUGGAGUCUGUCAAGUCCACUGUGUCCGAGUCAUUUAUGAGCAAGCCUAGCCUGGCCAAGCGGAGGGCAAACCAGCAGGAGACUGAGCAGUUCUACUUUACGAAGCUGAAGGAGUUCCUGGAGGGGAGGAAUCUGAUCACCAAGCUGGAGGCCAAACACGAUCUCAUCCAGAAGACACUGGGAGAGAGCCAGAAGACUGACGUUUGCCUGGCCAGCGGAAGGAGGAACUCGACAGUGCGGAAGCAGGAGUCCAGCCAAGUAAUUCCCCUGAUGGUGGAGAGCUGCAUUCGAUUCAUUAGUCGCCACGGCCUACAGCAUGAGGGCAUUUUCCGAGUGUCCGGCUCACAGGUGGAGGUCAAUGACAUUAAGAACGCCUUUGAGAGGGGGGAAGACCCUCUGACAGGAGACCAGAAUGACCAUGACAUAGACUCCAUUGCAGGGGUGCUCAAGCUCUACUUCCGAGGACUGGAGAAUGCCCUCUUCCCAAAGGAAGUCUUCCAUGACCUCAUGUCCUGUGUCUCGAUGGAGAACCUCCAGGAGAGAGCAGCCCACAUCCGGAAAGUGCUCCUGUCAUUGCCCAGCAACACACUGGUCGUCAUGAGAUACCUGUUUGCCUUUCUCAACCACCUGUCCCAGUAUAGUGAGGAGAACAUGAUGGACCCCUACAAUCUAGCCAUCUGCUUUGGGCCCACUCUCAUGGCAGUUCCUGAGGGCCACGACCAGGUUUCCUGCCAGGCGCAUGUCAAUGAGCUCAUCAAGACUAUCAUCAUCCACCACGAAGCUAUCUUCCCUGGACACCGUGAGCUGGAAGGGCCUGUUUAUGACCGCGGUGGGGCCACUGAGGAGUACUGUGACAGUCCCCACAGUGAAGCACCCCUGCUGGAUGAAGCAGCACAAGACACUACCUCAGAGCUUCACAAUAGUGAUGAUGGGUGCUCGCUUGUUUCAGAGUCGGAGCCCAUCGAGGCCGUUGCCCGCUACGACUACACAGGCCGCACUGACCGGGAGCUGUCCUUCAGGAAGGGCGCGUCACUGCUGCUCUACCGUCGGGCUUCCAGUGACUGGUGGGAGGGCCGCCACAACGGCAUCGAUGGCCUAGUUCCACACCAGUACAUCGUUGUCCAGGACAUGGAGGACAGCUUCACUGGGAGGGGUAGCCCCAAGGCUGAGGUGGAGGCUGUGCCUGACACCCCUCUGCCUGAAGAGAAGGUGUCUAUGAGGGGCAGUGUGAGCUCUCCUGCCGGUGGUCAUGUGGCUGACAUCUACCUGGCCAACUUGAACAAGAUGAGGAAACGGCCAGAGCCUGGAGUAGUCUCCCGGACUUUCCGGACAGCUGAGGCACUGGGGGACCGCUCCCUGGGCUCUGCGGUGGGCUCCAGAACCACCUCUCUGCCCAUCGGAGGUUUGCCCCGGGAGACAUCUGACAAACGACCUGUUAGUGCCCACAGUGUCCUCAACUCCGUCACCCGUCACUCUUCCCUCAAGACUAAGGUGGAGAGUCCACAGUUCCGCAAGGCUGCCACCGCUGGGCGCUCCAAAAGCUUCAGUAACCACAGACCGCUGGACCCCGAAGUCAUCGCACAGGUGGAGCACAGCUCUCAGGACAUCGAAGCCACCAUGAACACAGCACUCAAUGAGCUCCGGGAACUGGAACGGCAGAGCAGUGCCAAGCAUGCGCCAGAUGUGGUGCUAGACACCUUGGAGCAGCUCAAGGGUGGCCCCCCUCCUGCCUCAGAGCCUUCCAGCCCUCUCCACUCGCGCCUGCUGAAGGAGGCAGAGUCACCCAAGCACCCCCUGCAGCGCAGCGCUAGCUCAGCCAGUGAUGUGCCCAGCACCUUCUGCCCUGGCAAGCCUGCACCUAAAGGCCCUGCCCCAGGGCCCGCUCCUGUCCGUGAGCCCCGCCCCCCCGCUACCAGGCCCAAGCCCGUUGUCUUCCCCAAGAGUGGUUCCGGGAGCAGCCCUGCCAUGGGGUCUCCCACCACCUCCAUUCCACCCACACCCCCGCCUCCGCCUCCCCCCGCCGACAAGUCCUGUCCUGUGUGAGCAGCAGUGCUCCCCUCCCCCCAACCCUGCCUUCCUUCCUUCCCGUACAGCAUUCCACUUGGCCUUUGAGCUUUCAGGGUCUACCCCUAACUUUGCUGGAGGAAUUUCAGUGGACAUCUCAGCUUGGCUCUGUCCCCAAACUUCCCAUAGCAUUAUGAAGACGUUUCAUGACAGGCAUUGGAAGCGUGGAAGAUUCAUUUGAGAGAACUGCUCUUCCUAUCGAUGUGAAGUGCUUGUGUAUGCGUGUGACUUUUACACAUAUGCACACCCAAGCAAGUUAAAGUAAUAAAUCACACUGUGUAACCUGCUAACUUUUUAAAAUUUUUUAAAUAAACCAAACAAAAAUGCUUCCUAUGAUUUUCCUCAACCUUGGUGCUGUGUAUUUCUGAAGACACAGCUUUAUGUUGCCCUUUGACUGAUGGCUGCUGUUGCUAGGCAACGGGCCAGCCUCACAUUGUGUGCAGGAGACGUGGGACGGUGCUGCUGAAGCAGGGCAGGACUGGACAGGCCAGCUUCAAGGGAGUGCCUGAGAUUCGACCACCGGCCUUGAUGGAGCAUGAUGCCAACCAGCAGACUCUCAUUACCGAGGACAGGGGGUUUCAGUGCCAGAACAGAAAGAUACUUUGUCGUUUCACUUUGUAUGUGGAACUCAGUCUCCCGUUCCACAGGUUUCCCCUUGUUUCAGUACAGACUAGUGUGAAAGACUUCUUUCUCUCCCCAUGUCUCCUUCCAUGUUAAUGUGCAUGACAGAGUAAGGAGCUGAGGCGUUGCCGCGUGAUACCACAAUCCUCUCAGCGACAGUGUAACUGUGUCCUGUAGUUUUGCGUUUGCUGGUGGUGAUAAUGUCACUGGUUUCGCUUCCCUUCCUUUCCUGAGCAUUGUGGUAAUCGUCUCUCUGCAGUUGUACCAGCAUUGUGGUAGCAGUAGACCUGCAGCUUAUCUGGACCUCUGCUGUGCUGACUGACAGUGAUGUAUGUCAGCUGUUUAGCUUCCCUUUCCGGAGCAGUGUAAUCUUCUUAUAAAGCUACACCAGCAUCAUAGUAGCAACAGGACACCCGCAUGCUGUGGCGCACAGAGUAAUGCGUUAGGCUGUUCCUGAUCGCCAGGUGACACACUACACCAAGCUGAAGCAUGCUGUACGGCACCAGAGCAGCGGUGUGUCACCACUGCAUUUCCAGCUCAUUCAGGUUUCUCGCAUGGCACAAGUAGAGCAGCUAGGCUGCUUAACAAGCAGUUAUAAUAAAGAGCCAUCUAUAGCACCUCAACAGUUCGCUUUUGUAUGAUCUCAUGUUUAAGGUAACAACUGGUAAACAGAAGAAAUUCGUUUUUAUUCCGUGUAUAUACAUAUAUAAACGGUCACAAAAACUGGAAUCUGCAGAUCAGACUUUCCUUAUUCCAUUCAACAUUGCUUUUGUUUUGGUAGAUGUGCUCAGUACCUUCAUCCAGACCUCAUCUGAAGGUCUCCUUUAAUUUUAGUUUCCACUCAGUUUUGCUCAUUUAAUGGAACUGUACCUUUUGUGAAUGUGUGAAUUUUACUUCUCUAUAACAUGUUUGAGG